AAAGUAUGGUGGUCCAGAAGCCAUAGAGCAAGACCUCCAACGCCGCAUUGAAGAUUUCCCCAAACUUUCUCAGCGAGACAAUGACAAACUCCUGCAGUAUGGACACUUGCUCAUGGAGAUUGAGUAUGUGAAAGAUGGUGGUAACUGCCCAGGGUUGCUGCAUCUGGACUCUGGAAGGGGAUUGCGUCGCCUGGUUCAGAAGCUGCCUUACAAUCUUCAAGAAAAAUGGUUAAUGGAGGGUGCCCGGUAUAAGGAGAAGCAUCAAGUAACCUUUCCACCCUUCAAGGUGUUUAGCGAGUUUGUCCGGUACCAGGCCAAGGUGCGCAAUGAUCCAAGCCUCACGAUGCCUCAUGAUCUCAAGCAACAUGACAUGCAAAAGAGAGCUGUCAAUGUCAGAGCAACAGAAGUCAAGACGGUCAUUCAGCCACAGGAUGGAGAGCGCUGUCCCAUCCACAAGAAAAAUCACCCCAUCUUGAAGUGCAGAGCAUUUCUCGCCAAGAGUCCACCUGAAAAGAAGGCUGUCCUCAAGGAGCACCGACUGUGCUUCAGGUGCUGCCAGCCACACCAUGCGGCCCGUGAAUGCAAGGCCAGUGUAAAGUGUGACUCAUGUGGCAGUAAACGGCACAUGACAAUUCUUCAUCAUGACCAGCACAGUGAGCCGGUGGACAAGCCACAGGAACCAAAUUCUCAACCUACUUUGUCUCAGCCCCAAAUUACGAGUGCCUGCUCUAAGGUGAGAGGCACAACAUGCAGCUCUGGAAAGUCACGUGCAAAAAUUGUUCCAGUCCUAGUGAAGUCUAAGAAAGACCAAAGCACUUGCGUCAAGACAUAUGCUAUCAUAGACGAACAAAGUAAUAAAACAUUAGCAACUCACCAGCUGCUUGACAAGUUUAAUAUUGACUACAGAGAGGUGCAUUAUACCCUACGUACCUGCAGUGGAGAAGAGUCGGCACAUGGCAGGUGGGCAGACGACUUCAUAGUUCAAGAUAUUCGUGGCACUGUGAGUUUGGACUUACCUGUUGUUACCGAAUGCUCUCUCAUCCCAGAUUUCAAAGAUGAAAUUCCUUCACCUGAUGUGGCCAGGGCAUACGAUCACCUGAAAGGUAUUGACAUACCGGAAAUUGACCAGAACUGCACAGCAACUCUGUUGAUAGGGAGAGACGUGCUAGAGGCACACCACGUCCUGGAACAAAGGAUCGGGCCCCUUGGUGCACCAUUUGCCCAGAAGAUGAAGCUUGGCUGGGUUAUCAUUGGUGAAGUGUGCCUUCGGGGUGUCCAUACAGGUGACGGCCAUCGGGACAAAAUUGUAUCCCUUCGAACUCAGGUGCUUUCCACAGGACGUCCAACUUUUCUUGAACAAUGUCCGAAUGAGUUCCAUGUGAAGCAUUUGUUUGACAAUGAAGCUGACGGUGUUAGCCUGUCCAUUGAAGAAAAGCAGUUUGUUGACCUCAUGGAGAAGGAAGGAAACCUUCAACACGGCAAGUGGACAGCACCAUUACCCUUCAAAGAGCCAAGAGUCCGACUGCCCAAUAAUCGGCAGCAAGCUUUGAAGAGAGCUCAAAUUCUCUGA